ACCCUUACGUGCCAUCCCCGAACUUUCUCCCUUAUUGACGAGUCAACUACGACUAUGUAACUUAACUCAUUUUACAAGGAAAAAAAAGUUUGAGACUUCUACAAUUCUAACCAAAAUCAGAGUUUCCCCUGAAUCUAGUGACAUAAAGAAACACAAUGACUGAAGAAAACGCAUCGAGAUAUGUGAAGUUGACUAAAGCUCAGGUUUCUGGCGAUGAUGAAGAGAUUAAGCCUGGGGAACUUAAUCAAGCUAUACCCACUUCUCAGUUGCAUGUUCAUAGGUGUAGCGAAUGUGGACAACCUUUACCUGAAAGCUAUGAGCCUCCUGCUGAUGAACCAUGGUCUAGUGGGAUAUUUGGGUGUACUGAAGAUACUCAAAGUUGUUGGACUGGCCUUUUCUGCCCAUGUGUCCUAUUUGGACGUAAUGUGGAAAGUCUGAGAGAUGAUACCCCAUGGACUACACCAUGCGUCUGUCAUGCUGUAUUUGUGGAAGGUGGCAUGGCACUGGCUGCAGCCACUGCUUGGACCUACGGUAUCGACCCAAGAACAACUUGUUUGAUCUGGGAGGGAUUGUUUUUCACCUGGUGGAUGUGUGGAAUAUACACCGGUCUUGUUCGACAAUCCUUGCAGAGAAAAUAUCAUCUCAAGAACUCCCCAUGCGACCCAUGCCUAGUGCAUUGUUGCAUGCACUGGUGUGCCUUAUGCCAGGAGCACCGAGAAAUGAAAUCCCGUCUCACGGAGGACGCUGCCAUGCCCAUGACCGUUGUUAACCCUCCACCCGUUCAAGAAAUGAAUUCCGGCAGGGAAGACCAGGCAUCUACAACUUCUACUUCGGAAAAGAAUGAAGAAAGAGACGGAGUCAAUUUAGAAAUGCAGGCUCUAUAGUUGUCCUGCAUCGCUUUCUCGUAAAGUCGAAAAGAAAAACGAAAAAUACAAAAGAGAAAUGUUCAAAGCGGAACUUCAUUAGAACAUGAUAAACCAAGGUUUUUGGUUGAUCUUAUAUGGGAUGCUUCAUGCUAUCAAUUAUUUACUGUUUAAAUUCCCAUUUUGAUAUUGUACAAUGAAUCCACAGGCUUUCUACUAAGAGUAUACAUUCAGCACUACUGGUGCCUUUGUUCCGUCACAAAUUUUUGUACCAGAUUUUAUAUAUAGGUCAAAUAGUCCAACUAAUAUGAAUUAUUGGCA